GCGGGGCGGGCGGGGCCCGCGCAGAAGCCGCCGCCUCCCGGGAGCCGGCCGUGCGCUCCGGCCCCGCGCCCGCCCGCAGCCCGUCCGCGCGGCCCGCGGCUCCCGAAGAAGGAAGCAUGUCCGAGUUUUGGUUAAUUUCUGCCCCUGGCGAUAAGGAAAAUUUACAAGCUCUGGAGAGAAUGAACACUGUCACCUCCAAGUCCAACCUGUCUUAUAACACCAAAUUCUCCAUUCCUGACUUCAAGGUGGGGACCUUGGAUUCCCUUGUUGGCCUCUCGGAUGAGUUGGGGAAACUUGAUACCUUUGCUGAAAGCCUCAUAAAGAGAAUGGCUCAGAGUGUGGUAGAAGUCAUGGAAGACGCAAAGGGGAAGGUUCAGGAGAACCUCCUGGCCAACGGAGGUUUGAAGGAGAAAAUGAAAUGUUUAAAGAUUGACUUAACAUCCUUUGUGACCCACUUUGAAUGGGACAUGGCCAAAUACCCUGUGAAGCAGCCGCUGGUGGGUGUGGUGGACACUCUAGCAAAGCAGCUGUCGCAGAUUGAGAUGGACCUGAAGUCCCGGACAGCCGCAUACAACACUCUGAGGUUGAACCUGGAGAAUCUGGAGAAGAAAUCCACGGGAAAUCUCUUCACCCGGACGCUGAGUGACAUUGUGAGCAAAGAAGACUUCGUGCUGGACUCCGAGUAUCUCAUCACACUUCUGGUCAUUGUCCCUAAACAAAGCUACACACAAUGGCAAAAAACUUAUGAAUCCCUCUCGGACAUGGUGGUCCCUCGGUCGACCAAAUUGAUUGCUGAGGACAGUGAGGGUGGCCUCUUCACAGUGACCCUGUUUCGCAAAGUGAUGGAUGAUUUCAAAACCAAAGCCAAAGAAAACAAGUUCACUGUCCGUGAAUUUUACUAUGAUGAAAAGGAAAUUAAAAGGGAAAGGGAAGAGAUGACCAGGUUGCUGUCUGAUAAGAAGCAACAGUAUCAAACUUCCUGUGUUGCUCUUAAAAAGGGAUCAUCCACCUUCCCGGACCACAAGGUUAAGGUAACCCCGCUAGGUAACCCUGAUAGGCCCGCUGCGGGGCAGCCGGACAGAGAGAGAGAGAGUGAGGGCGAGGGAGAGGGCCCACUGUUGCGCUGGCUCAAGGUGAACUUCAGCGAAGCCUUUAUUGCCUGGAUCCACAUCAAGGCGCUAAGGGUGUUUGUGGAGUCCGUGCUCAGCUCUCCUGGCUCCUGUCAUAAGGCUCUUACUUGGUUCUCUGCUCCUGUUCCUCCUCCAUGUGGCUGCCGUGGUUUGGUCCCAACACAGAUCAGACCUGACUGUAGCUCUGCAUCCUGUCCAUCCAUCUCAGAGGCCUGUGAUGGCAGGAAUGGUGGUGUCGGGGGGCAGUGGCCGUGCUCAAGUUAACCUGGAGUGUUUAGCCAGCUAUAGUGUAGAUGGGCCCAGACUGACCCUGGUUGCCUCAAAAAUCAGCAUAGCCUGUCCAUGCCUAACGGGAUGCCUAUUUGUUCAAGAAAGAGGUAGAGACAAGGGUCUUUAAUAUCUUGUUCAAACCCAGUAAAAACAAGUAUUACCCCUAAAAGUGUGUGCAGACAUUAUUCUUCUCUAUUAUUCUUCUGAUCAUGGCAUGACUUUUUUUUUCCUGAAUAGAGUUGUAAUAUAUGAGCACUGAAAAAAAUUUCAAGUAUAGAAAUAUAUACUCUGGGAAGAGUUCCUCACAGGCCUACUGUCCACAAUCACAGUUAAUGGUUUCAAGGCCCUUUCUGUCACCCAAAUGGGAUCAUUUAUACUUAAUGUCCAGUAACUUGCCUUUUUCAUCUGCUCUGCAUUGUGGUCUUGUCAGUAUGUAUAGAGCCACUUGAUCCUUCUUAAUGGCUUUUUCAUAUUCCAUCCUAUGGAGAGAUUGUAAUCGAAGAAAAUAGAUGUUGAACUACCAAGUUCAUUAGAGCAGACGGCUGUCUCCCUCCUCUCAAAGCUGAUCUUGUCCUUCUCCUACCCGGGGAGCUGGAGGGCAGGGCCUGGGCUGCCUUUUGUCUCCAAAGGGCCUCAGGCUGAGCUGGCUCGAGGUGAGCCAGCCUCCACCGCUCCUCUACCCAGCUCCCAGGGCUGUCCAGAAGCCCACCCCAUACC